UUUUCUUCAUACAGGCUGACUCUUCGUGCAGGAUUUGAUUGAUUAACAAUGAAUUAAUCUGGUUCAUGAAGGCGACUAUAGCCCACACAAACCGGCUAUCCCCACCAUCGCCCUGGCAACAUACGCUCUUUGAACAAGUUACUUCACACUUUAACCCAGAGGCUUGUGAGGGUUUUUGCAUGAACGGAAACAUGACUCAACGACCACUUCCCUGAGAGCGGAGUUCAGAUCAUGCUGCAGAGCGACCAGAGGUCCAGAUGAAGGGUGUUCAACUCGUGGAGGGGGGCUCUGUGUUUACAUCAGUGAUGCUCGGUGUCGGGUCGUUGCUGUAGUUUGCAGACACUGUUCACCGCCUGUAGAGUUCAUGAUUAUAUUACCAAGUGCCGAGGGAGUUUACAGCUGUUCUGUUUACAUCCCUUCGAGCUCCAACAACAGCAGCAGCAGCAGCAGCAGGAGUGAGGCACUAAGGGAACUUUAUCAGCGCAUCAGUGAGUCAGCCCACCCUGAUGCUUUUCUCACCUUGGCUCGGGAUUUCAACCACGUAAACCCAAAGUGAGCCGCCUGACCCUGUGGUGCAGUGUCAACAACCCGACUCUGAAUGUCGAGAAGACGAAGGACAUUGUUGGGGACUUCAGGAGAUCGCGCACCCAGCGGAGGGUGGUCAGGGGAGCGUCCCUGACCACCAGCGGCGCCGCUGUGGAGAGGAUAUCGUCCCUCAGCAGCAGAGUCUUCAUGGUGGUCGACAGUCACCGGUGCACAUGUGGUUAAAACCUCCACACACAGCAUGAACACCUCCACCCUCUCCAUCCUGCUCGGACUGGGAGGGAAAUGUCUGCUCAACUGGGUCCUGGUGUUUCUCCAGAGGAGACACAUCUGCAGGAGCUUUGUGGGGGUUUUCAGCGUGUCCCUGUCUGUCUUGGACACGGCCAUGACCCUCAUCUUCGUCUCCAUUCACAUCCACGCUGAAGGACCCCUCUUCCUCUUGGACUGGCAGCUGACCAGAUAUCACACGUGUUUGCUGGUUCAAAUCCUCGGACAAGUCCACAGUGUCCUGCAGUGGCCUGUUGUGCUCGUGGCCAGUUUGGACCAUUUCUGCACCGUGUCUCUGCCACCGGCCUCCUUCAGGGUGAAAUGGAUCGUUUACUCAUUUGUGACUGUCCUACUGUGGAACCUCACUGCUCUCUACGUCUUCCUGCUCUCUGACUUCAAUCCUGUCCUGGAGGACGUGUCUCACUACCAAAUAAACCAGUGCUGGGUGUUCCACAGCACUCAGAUCCUGCAGGUUGUCACGCUGCUCUCCUUGACUCAGGCCUGUGCCGUGCUUCAUGCUGUUUGCCACUCUAGAUUAUCACAAAAUCCUUCUCUGAAGAAUCAAAUUACAAACCAGAGCAGAACUCUCUCCAGGAGAAGCUUUGUUUGCCAGGUCCUGAGUAUGUUUCUGAGCACUUGGGCCCCUCUGCUGAUUUUUCUGGCCGUGCUCCUCCUGCUUCCCGUGAGAAUACCGUCAUACCUGGGUCUGAACGUUGCCUGGCUCUGCUUCCUCAACAGCUUUCUGAUCGCACUUGUUCUAAGUGUAGUCUGUCCAACCCCACAGUUCGCACAGGGCUUGGCAGCAGUUCCAGCGGACAGCUUCUGUGAGUGGAGGGUUAAAUUUAACUUGGCUGCAGAGGACAGAACAUGACGGCACCCAGUAAUUUAAUGUAGGACACACGUCAGAAGAAAUGAAAUUAGAUGAUGGAACCUGAAUGUGAGAAAAAAUUUCGUUUCUGGAGAACAGUGUCACUCUAGUGAUGCUGUCAGUCAGUCCAACAUGUUUAGACUAAAAUAGCUCAACCACUAUUGGAUGGAUUGCUAACAAAUAUGAUUUUACAAACAUGAUCAUAAGAGAAUUAUUAGAAAUGGAUUUUGGGGCCAAAGCCAAUAAUAGGGAGUUGAAAACUCCCAAUAUAAUAUAUUGCUUAUAUGUUUACAACACAAACCUUGUUUUAUUGAGCCUAUAUUUGUUUACAACUCGUAAAAUCAAGUGUAAAAUGUCUUAGUAUCAGUUCCUGUUUGUUGUACACUGUCCCUGAAUCAUUUGGAAUUUUUAAGAAUGUGGGAUUCUCAAGCAGUUUCAGAUCGAUUGUUUAUUUCAUAAUUUCUAAGCAGGUUUUUUGCAAAGACAUCGGAGAUAAUGAUAGUGAGUAAAUCACACUGAUGCUAAAACUGUUGGAUUGAUUUCUAAUCCAGAUUUGUGUCCAAAUGAACGUAAUCUGGUGUUGAGCGUGUUUUUUUUUAAAGUAGCCUAUAGAUGAAUUUAAUCAAUAGUAAUAUUAUCACUAUUGUUAUUGAGUAAUGUGCACGAAACUGGAUUAAACAUAAACCUCAGGGUUGGAAGAUUGUUCAGAAUGAUUUUUUGAUAUGCCU